AUGGGCUUUUCUGGGAAGUCUCAGCCAGCUCCUGUGGACAUAGGCUUGGAUGCUGAAACUCAAAAAUGGGUUAUCGCCGGAAUCCCAUUACGGGCUCCGUUGAAGCCGCUGUACACAAACCCCGUAGAGACAGAACGGGAUCACGGCGGCGAUGACGUGGAGGAGUGUUCGACGACCCCGACGGGCGAAGAAGCCAGAAUUCCGACGAGGCUAACGUGUCCACCUCCUCCGAGAAAGAGGAAAGCAGCUGCUUCGAAAUGUAAUUAUGGCGCUGGUGUUAGGGAGUUCUUCACUCCUCCCGACUUAGAAACUGUGUUCAUACGCCAUGUUGAAAGGGCCAAUUGA